CGUAAGUGUUGUAACAAAAAACAGGUAAAUCGUAACGUACUAUACGAACGGCCCAUAGAGUCGGCCAUUUGGGUAUUGUCUUGUGUUCAACGCUUUCGCAUCGCUUUAUUCAGUCUUUGUCUUUGGGAGACAUCACUUGCGGAACAGAUAUUAUCCUAAUUUACAUUCAUUUAUCAAAACGUUAUUAACGAUUAACUGAAGGUAUGGCUAAUGAGAUGGGAGACACUGAACAAGACUUGUUGGACUACGAGGAGGACGACGAGCAGACCAACAACGCGGGCGAUGCGGCCAAUAAUGUGACGGCAGUUGAGGCCAAAAAGGGUGGAUAUGUGUCCAUCCAUUCGUCCGGUUUCCGCGAUUUCCUUCUGAAGCCGGAACUGUUGCGAGCGAUCAUUGACUGCGGUUUUGAGCACCCGAGUGAAGUGCAACACGAGUGCAUUCCUCAGGCCAUUCUAGGAAUGGAUAUCUUAUGUCAGGCGAAGUCAGGUAUGGGAAAGACGGCUGUCUUCGUGUUGGCGACUCUGCAGCAGUUGGAUCCGGUGGAGGGACAGGUCUCGGUUCUGGUCAUGUGUCACACUCGGGAACUGGCCUUUCAGAUCAGCAAAGAGUACGAGCGCUUCUCCAAAUACAUGUCGACCAUUCGUGUGUCGGUAUUCUUCGGCGGUAUGAACAUCACGAACGACGAGAAGGUGUUGCGCACAUCACCGCCGCAUAUAGUGGUCGGAACUCCGGGACGUAUUCUCGCUCUCGUGAGGGGAAAGAAACUGAAUUUGAAACACAUUAAGCAUUUCAUUCUCGACGAGUGCGACAAAAUGCUGGAACAGUUAGACAUGCGUCGAGACGUUCAGGAGAUAUUCAAAGCGACUCCUCAUGAGAAGCAAGUGAUGAUGUUUAGCGCCACCCUCUCGAAGGACAUCCGACCCGUUUGCAAGAAGUUUAUGCAAGACGUAAGCAUUGAUUCGCCACUACUUCCUCCUCCUGUCUGCCGCCUGUCUGGCCAUCAGUUGUACGAUCGAAGCGCCGAUCACUUAAUGUUAAUGUCUAUGACUUGAAUGAGUGUUGAAAUGAUGAGAAUUUAAAACUCGGUUUGACUGUCGGUUUGCUCUUCAGAUGAAUGAGUGGUUGAAAUCUUGUUAGCCUUUGAAUCAGUUUCUGAGUUAGUAUUGAGAGAAGACAUCAUAAAUUGUUAUAAGAAGACAUCAUUUCUGUUGAAGAAGACAUCCUUGGGUUGAAUACCUUUCCAUUUCCGCCAAUCAAAUAGUUUUACACUAAAUAUUUAAAACCUAAGUUUUUUAAAGCCAACUCUGAGAGCACUCUCUCUGAUAAACGAAUAGCAAUUCAACCUAAAUGUUAAUAUCAUUAAUGAUAUGCAAGAGAAGUGAUCGAAGAAUAGUAGACAUCUCUGCGAUAAUCGUAUAAUAAAUGCUUAUGUCAUCCCAUGUCUCAUGACAUACCUGUGCACCCAAUAUAUGGCGACCACUGGUAGUGAAAGAUAAUUAUAAAUACCAUAAUAUAGAGAGAAAGGGUCACCGAAAUAGACGACUCAAAAA